CUCCAAAAUUAGGGGUAGUUAACUUCUGCAUCGAAUAGCCUGAAGACGUGUGUGUGAGGGAAGGCUGUGGAGGUCUCAUGCUUUCAUUAUCUCUCUCCCUCCCUCCUUUCUUCCCCUCCCUUUCUCACGCUGCUGCUCCAUGCGGAUGUGACAUUUCACGGAGCCGCCAUUUUGAGAGCCUGGCGUCUCCACACAGAGGCUGAGCAAGCGGAUAGCACAGAAGAGGGCUCAAGGAAAGAAAGAGAUAGAGGGGACUAGGUCAUCAUCUGUUUCCACUAGACUCUGUUUCUCCCUUAUGUACCUUUAGCGACACUAGAAGAAGAGGUCUCCUUAAAUGAGAUUUUGGACAUAAACAGAGGUGGGAGCUUGGAGUGAAUCAGGCCUGCACCGGCUGCGCUGGGAUCCGACCAAUGAGCAGGGGGAGGGGACCGGAGAGCAGCACGGGAGCUGCAAGGCCCGCACAAUAUUGGAACCUUUCUUGCUCAGUGUAAUUAAUAGGAACCUGCGCGGAGUCAGUGAGCUCCCGUGUCUCUCCACCGGUAGCCGUUCAAGGCCCCGGGGGGAGAAGCAAUCGCCUCCCCCCGAAAUCCCCAAUCUUCCACUUACGGCGCCGAAAUUGGGCGAAUAGCGAGUAAAUACGUGCGCGUUUCUCUGCCGCCGGCUCCCUCUGCUCUCCCCCCAGCGCAUCCCGCGGGAAAGGCCCAGGCUGUCGCUGCUGCGCAGGCCCCGCCGCUGCUUUCCACCCCAUCUCCGCAGUCCAAGCCGGCGCAGCGAGCAGGAUUGAAAGAGGCCACGGAGGCCCACCCUAGAACCAUGAACCACCAUCAGCAGCAACAACAACAGAAACCCGGGGAGCAGCAACUCAGCGAACCCGAGGACAUGGAGAUGGAAGCUGGCGACACUGAUGAUCCCCCGAGAAUCACUCCAAAUCCUGUCAUUAAUGGCAAUGUUGCCAUGGCAGAUGGUCAUAACAACACAGAAGAGGAUAUGGAAGAUGAUACAAGCUGGAGAUCAGAAGCUACAUUUCAGUUCACAGUGGAACGCUUCAGUCGUCUCAGUGAAUCUGUGCUUAGCCCUCCUUGCUUUGUACGGAAUCUCCCUUGGAAAAUCAUGGUGAUGCCACGAUUUUAUCCAGACCGACCGCAUCAGAAAAGUGUGGGAUUUUUCCUUCAGUGUAAUGCGGAAUCUGAUUCAACGUCAUGGUCCUGUCAUGCACAGGCAGUACUGAAGAUAAUCAAUUACAAAGAUGAGGAGAAAUUUUUUAGUCGCCGCAUAAGUCACCUGUUCUUUCAUAAGGAAAAUGAUUGGGGCUUUUCCAAUUUUAUGGCAUGGAGCGAGGUUACUGAUCCAGAAAAAGGUUUUAUAGAAGAUGACAAGGUGACUUUCGAAGUUUAUGUGCAGGCUGAUGCUCCUCAUGGAGUAUCGUGGGAUUCAAAGAAGCACACUGGGUAUGUUGGGUUGAAGAAUCAAGGAGCAACUUGUUACAUGAACAGUUUAUUGCAAACAUUAUUUUUUACAAACCAACUUCGAAAGGCUGUGUAUAUGAUGCCCACUGAAGGUGAUGACUCCUCUAAAAGUGUCCCUUUAGCAUUACAACGAGUAUUUUAUGAAUUACAACACAGUGACAAGCCUGUAGGAACUAAAAAAUUAACUAAAUCUUUUGGGUGGGAGACAUUAGACAGCUUUAUGCAGCAUGAUGUCCAAGAAUUAUGUAGAGUGUUACUGGAUAAUGUUGAAAACAAAAUGAAAGGCACCUGUGUAGAAGGAACCAUACCUAAGUUAUUUAGAGGAAAGAUGGUGUCUUAUAUACAGUGCAAGCAUGUAGACUAUCGCUCUGAACGCAUAGAAGAUUAUUAUGAUAUCCAGCUUAGUAUAAAAGGAAAGAAAAACAUAUUUGAGUCAUUCAUUGACUAUGUAGCAGUGGAGCAGCUUGAUGGUGAUAACAAAUAUGAUGCAGGAGAACAUGGUUUACAGGAAGCAGAAAAAGGGGUGAAGUUUCUAACAUUCCCGCCUGUAUUACAUCUUCAACUUAUGAGGUUUAUGUAUGACCCUCAAACAGACCAGAAUAUUAAGAUCAAUGACAGAUUUGAAUUUCCAGAACAGUUGCCGCUGGAUGAAUUUCUCCAAAAGCCAGAUAGCAAGGAUCCUGCUAACUACAUUUUGCAUGCAGUUUUGGUGCAUAGUGGAGACAACCAUGGAGGGCACUAUGUUGUUUAUUUGAAUCCUAAAGGAGAAGGCAAAUGGUGUAAGUUUGACGACGAUGUAGUGUCAAGAUGUACAAAAGAAGAGGCAAUCGAACAUAACUAUGGAGGCCAUGAUGAUGACUUAUCUGUGCGACACUGCACAAAUGCCUAUAUGUUAGUUUAUAUCAGGGAAUCCAAACUUAGUGAGGUUUUACAAGCAGUCACAGAUCAAGAUAUCCCUCAGCAGCUUGUUGAGAGAUUACAAGAAGAAAAGAGAAUUGAAGCACAGAAAAGAAAAGAGCGACAAGAAGCUCAUCUUUAUAUGCAAGUACAGAUUGUGACUGAGGACCAGUUUUGUGGGCACCAAGGCAACGAUAUGUACGAUGAAGAAAAAGUUAAAUACACUGUGUUUAAAGUGUUAAAGAACUCAACACUGGCAGAAUUUGUUCAGAAUCUUUCACAGACCAUGGGAUUUCCACAGGAUCAAAUCCGACUAUGGCCCAUGCAAGCUAGGAGUAAUGGAACAAAAAGGCCAGCAAUGUUGGAUUAUGAAGCUGAUUGCAGCAAAACUAUGAUUGAACUUAGUGACAAUGAAAAUCCUUGGACAAUAUUUUUGGAAACCGUUGAUCCAGAAAUGGCUGCUAGUGGGGCAACACUUCCUAAAUUUGACAAAGAUCGUAAGUAUGAUGUGAUGCUGUUCCUCAAAAUGUACGAUCCUAAAAGUAGAAGCUUGAACUACUGUGGUCAUAUCUACACACCAAUUUCUUGUAAAAUACGUGACUUACUGCCAGUGAUGUGUGAGAGAGCAGGAUUUCCGCAAGGAACUAACCUUAUCCUCUAUGAGGAAGUAAAACCGAAUUUAACUGAAAGAAUUCAAGAUUAUGAUGUAUCUCUUGAUAAAGCACUUGAUGAGCUUAUGGAUGGUGAUAUUAUAGUGUUUCAAAAGGAUGACCCAGAAAAUGACAACAGUGAAUUGCCAACUGCAAAGGAAUACUUCAGAGACCUUUACCAUCGUGUUGAUGUCAUUUUCUGUGACAAAACUAUUCCUAAUGACCCAGGAUUUGUUGUAACAUUAUCAAAUAGAAUGAACUACUCACAUGUUGCAAAGACUGUUGCACAGAGACUUAACACUGACCCAAUGCUUCUACAGUUCUUCAAAUCUCAAGGUUACAGAGAUGGCCCUGGAAACCCCCUUAGGCAUAACUAUGAAGGUACAUUAAGAGAUCUUCUGCAAUUCUUUAAACCUCGGCAACCAAAGAAACUGUACUAUCAGCAGCUUAAAAUGAAAAUUACAGACUUUGAAAACAGGAGAAGCUUCAAGUGUGUUUGGCUUAAUAGUCAGUUUAGGGAAGAGGAAGUAACACUAUAUCCAGACAAACACGGUUGUGUACGAGAUCUUUUAGAAGAAUGUAAAAGAGCCGUUGAACUAUCUGAGAAAGGAUCGGGUAAAUUAAGGCUGCUAGAAAUUGUAAGUUACAAAAUAAUUGGGGUUCACCAGGAAGACGAGCUGUUAGAAUGUUUAUCACCUGCAACAAGUCGGACAUUUCGAAUAGAGGAAAUUCCUCUGGACCAGGUAGAGAUAGAUAAAGAAAAUGAAAUGUUGAUCACAGUGGCACAUUUUCACAAAGAGGUGUUUGGCACAUUUGGAAUCCCAUUUUUGCUAAGGAUACAACAGGGUGAACCCUUCAGAGAGGUAAUGAAGCGAAUUCAAUCUAUGCUGGAUAUUCAAGAAAAGGAAUUUGAAAAGUUCAAGUUUGCCAUUGUAAUGAUGGGUCGGCACCAAUACAUUAAUGAAGAGGACUACGAAGUGAGUCUAAAGGACUUUGAGCCCCAGCCUGGUAACAUGUCCCAUCCCAGGCCUUGGCUAGGGCUUGACCACUUCAAUAAAGCCCCAAAGAGAAGUCGCUACACAUACCUUGAGAAAGCAAUUAAAAUUCAUAACUGACUCGCCUAACCAAGUUUAUCCAAGUCAAGGGACAAUUAAGUGUGUGUGUGUGCACCUUUUUAACAACGCUAGAACUUUGGUACACGUGCACUAAAUUUGAAGUCUACAGCAAGAGGAUUUGCUGCUGAUGUUAAUUUUAUUUUGUUGAGGCUGUUCCGUUUGGCUUCUCUGUAUCUAUCGACUGCCCUUUUUUGAGGAAAAUGAAGGUGUUUUUAUAAAGCUUGAAUGCCAAUAAGAUAUUUUAUGGUAACCCAAAAGCAAGACUAUUGACAGGAGAAGGGGGUAUGAGUUUAGCUGAACAAAUGAGUUUGGAACAACCGGGCCACAGAAGAUUUUGUAGGAGACUUAAGAUGGCUGGCUGCCAGCCAACUGUGGUGUUAUCAUUCCACCAUCAUUGCAGCAAGUAACUUAUGUUUACACUCAAGACAGGUUUCCUCCCUUCAAGAUAAAUGUGUGCAUUUGUAAAUGCAAUCCUCACUUCAAUAAAUAGCAAUCUAUACUUCAUUGUGUACAUUGUUGCCACUUUUUUGGAAAUCGACAAGUACUACCACACAAUAUCUUCAUAUUGUCUCUCUACUUUGCUUCACCAACUUUUGGAAGAUAAGUUCUCAGUAAAAUGUACAGUGCUGUCUGGUGGCAAAUUAGAAAGACAUCUUAAUAUUGGCAUAGCAUAUAUAAAUAUAUAUAUAUAUAUGUCAUACACAGACAGAUGUUUGUGUACAGAUGUAUAUUUUCCAUUGCUAGUGCAAAACACCAUUGUUAACAGCAUUUGAGCACAGAGGGCAUGCUCACUAGUGUUUAGUAUAAGGAAAUGUUUGUACAAAAACUACAGACCCCAAAUAAAAAUUGUAUAUUUAAUGAAUGGAAAUGUACAAAUUAACACACAGAGGUUCAUAUUGUUCGGUGAGUCUGCAAGUCUUUCACUGAUGUUGAUAUUCAUUGUAUGUAGUUAUCUCAUUGCCUUUUCCUCUUGAAGCUUUUUCUUUUUUUGCCGCCUAAACACCAACCCACCUACCCCACUCCCUUACGUUGGAAAAUUUAUUUUGAAUUUAAAGGCAGCCGUGUGUCCAGUUUGAGUGCAGUAAAUAGAUUACAGCCAUUCAACCCAAUUUUACUUUUUUUUCUGGUUUCUUAUUUUAUUUUUCCUGUAGCAGCAGUGUACAACUCUACCUGUAUAUUGCCUUUUUGCUGGAAAAUGUUGUCUGUUGAAUAAACUUUUCUAUAAAAUUGUCA